UUUCCGAAACUCAUUUUAAACGAAAUUCAUUCUCUUUAUUUUUCUCUGCUAUUGAAACGGGAGAAUUCUACAGAAAGUGAAAAAGAAAGCGUUUUUUUUUUCUCUGUAAUUUAUGCAAACGGGAAAUCUGCCACAAUCUCUCUCGAUGAAUUCGCCUUUUGGAGGACCGAGCGCGUCGAAUCCAACUGCUGCCGGAGCUCCGGCGAAUAAGGAUCGGAAAAUGGCAACGGCAGAGCAUUUAGUUCUCGAUCUCAGCAACCCUGAUCUCCGAGAAAACGCACUUCUGGAACUAUCGAAGAAGAGAGAAUUAUUUCAAGAUUUGGCUCCAUUGUUGUGGAAUUCUUUUGGUACUAUUGCUGCACUUUUACAGGAGAUAGUUUCAAUUUAUCCUGUUCUCUCACCUCCAAAUCUGACUCCAGCUCAAUCAAAUCGAGUUUGUAAUGCUCUUGCUCUGCUUCAGUGUGUAGCUUCUCAUCCAGACACAAGGAUGUUAUUCCUGAAUGCUCAUAUACCCUUGUAUCUGUAUCCUUUCCUUAAUACGACCAGUAAGUCAAGGCCGUUUGAGUAUUUGAGGCUUACUAGCUUAGGUGUCAUUGGUGCCUUGGUGAAGGUUGAUGAUACUGAAGUUAUCAGCUUCCUCCUGUCCACUGAGAUAAUCCCAUUAUGUCUGCGCACAAUGGAGAUGGGCAGUGAACUGUCGAAAACAGUUGCUACUUUUAUAGUUCAGAAGAUUCUACUAGAUGAUGUUGGCUUGGACUAUAUUUGCACCACUGCAGAGCGGUUUUUUGCAGUUGGUCGAGUUCUGGGUAAUAUGGUUGCAGCACUUGCUGAGCAGCCCUCUUCGCGACUACUGAAACAUAUUAUUCGAUGUUAUCUUCGUUUGUCAGAUAACCCAAGGGCUUGUGAUGCAUUAAGAAGUUGCCUUCCGGAUAUGCUACGAGAUGUCACCUUUAGCAGUUGUCUUCGUGAGGAUCAAACCACUAGGAGAUGGCUGCAGCAGUUGCUUCACAAUGUUGGAGUGAAUCGAGUGCCAACUCUUCAGGCCGGUGCAGGAUUCGAUCACAUGCUGGUUAACUGAAAAUCGUUUGAUUUUCUUUCUUUCAUUCAAAACUGGUUUCAUCUGGCAUGACCAUGGAGAAAUUCUUCAUGGUUUUCAUCUAAACUAUUAUUAGCUUUUGGUAUUUUAAUUUAAUUAGUAGUUGUAAUUAGUGAUUUGCUGUAUGCCCUUAGUAGUACAGGAUAGCCUUAAGCCUAAGGACUAAGUUGAAGGAUCUCAGUGUUGUUUUAUACAUUUAUUUAGCUAGUUUUUAAAUGCAUAAUUAAAUAUUAUUUGGUUAAAA